GGAUGGAUGGCUCUCUCACCGGUACACAGCGGGGCUUAAAGUAGUUUUUCCUGACCACCGGUGGCCCCUGCAGAGCGGGUGGAGGGGAGGGGUGGCAUAUCACCGCAGACCACCAUGUUCUCAGCGACCACCAGACGCAACAGUUGCCGCGGGAUCGCGUUUGGAAGCCGAACCACGUCCGAACUCCAUGCCAGGCGCCGGAGCUCCGUCUGUUCCCACGUCCCCGCCGGCGUCCAGCCUGAAGAUCUGUCCGUCAGCCUCAGUCAGCCCAUCAUCACCAUCACACUGCGCUUCCUGCUGGCGAUAGAUCUGUGGCUCUCCAAGCAGUUGGGUGUGUGCGCCUGCGAGAAGUCCUCCUGGGGCAGCAUACGGCCCUUGGUGCGCUUGGUGGAGUUCUCGGGUCACGCCAUCCCGUGGAUCGUCGGCACCCUGUACUCUCUGCUGUGCGGGGAAACGGCGGAGGAGCAGGAGGUGUUGCUGAACCUCACCCUCGCUCUGUUGUUGGACCUGCUACUGGUCCGCCUGUUGAAGGCCCUCGUCAGGCGUCAAAUACCCGUCCAGAACCGCUCCGACAUCCUCUCCGCUUUGUUUGCCGAACGGUACUCCUUCCCGUCGGGCCACGCCACGCGGGCCGCCAUGUGUGCCCGCUUCUUCCUGGCCCAGCUGAGUGACACGGCCUCCACGCGGUUCCUGGUGGUGGGCUGGUCCGUUCUGGUGAGCCUGUCCCGGCUGCUUCUGGCCAGGAACUAUGUGACUGAUGUGGGGUUUGGCCUGGCCAUGGGUUUCUGUCAGUACAGUUUGGUGGAGAGGCUGUGGGUGACCUGGGAUGGCCUUCGGGACCUUCUGUUCCUGCGGCUACGGGAGAGACUCAACUGGGCUUAUGGGGGACUCUGGAUGGACGAUUGGACAUAUUAGAUUUGGUGGAUUCCCCCGAGCAGCGUUUAAGCUAGAGAAUGAGUUUCCGUUUGAAAAGUGUAGCAUGACUGUGUGGAAAAAUGAGCACCAUGUAUUGGGUUAAAUCAAACAUGUUUCUGGAUUUCGAUGUUUUUUUGUUUGUAUCUGUUUGCGCUGUUGUUGCACCGAAAAUAAAACCAUCUGAAAAAUGA